UAUCCAACCAUAAUCUGCCUGUUGAUAGCGGUAAUGUUUCCAGGCAGUGUUUCUGGCACUAAUCAAUUACACAUUGGCGGCAUCUUUCCUAUAGCUGGGAAGGGUGGCUGGCAAGGAGGGCAGGCCUGCAUGCCGGCUGCCAAACUUGCUCUACUAGAUGUCAACGAAAAUCCAGACCUGUUGCCGGGGUUCAAUCUCACACUACACAGUAAUGAUAGUGAGUGUGAACCAGGUCUAGGUGCCAGUGUUAUGUACAAUCUUCUUUACAAUGCACCUCAAAAGCUAAUGUUACUGGCAGGGUGCAGCACCGUCUGCACAACGGUUGCAGAGGCAGCUAAAAUGUGGAAUUUAGUUGUACUAUGCUAUGGUGCUUCCAGCCCAGCUCUAUCCGAUCGCAGUCGUUUUCCUACUCUAUUUCGAACACAUCCAUCUGCCACAGUGCACAACCCAACGAGAAUAAAGCUCAUGCAGAAAUUUGGCUGGUCGAGAGUUGCUAUUCUUCAGCAAGCUGAAGAAGUUUUUAUUUCGACGGUAGAAGAUUUAGAAACGCGAUGUAAAGAUGCUGGCAUUGAAAUAGUGACAAGACAAUCAUUUCUUUCUGAUCCUACCGAUGCCGUGCGCAACUUACGACGGCAAGAUGCCCGAAUUAUCGUAGGACUAUUCUAUGUGGUGGCUGCCCGUCGCGUAUUAUGCGAAAUGUUUAAACAGCAAUUAUAUGGAAGAGCAUAUGUAUGGUUCUUUAUCGGAUGGUACGAGGACAACUGGUAUGAGGUGAAUUUGAAAAAUGAAAAUAUUUCGUGCACAAAAGAGCAAAUGAAAAUGGCUGCGGAGGGUCAUUUAACUACCGAGGCGUUGAUGUGGAACCAGAACAAUCAGAAAACCAUAUCAGGAAUGUCAUCAGAAGACUUUCGAAAACGCCUGAAUGCCGCAUUGAUUGACGAAGGCUACGAUAUUAGCCAUAAUCGGUACCCUGAAGGCUAUCAAGAAGCUCCCCUCGCCUAUGAUGCAGUUUGGAGCGUUGCUUUGGCUUUUAACAAAACAAUGCAACGAUUAACGGAACAAAAUUCGGGGAAAAAUCUUAAGGACUUUACAUACACUGAUAAGGAUAUAGCAAAUGCAAUCUACGCUGCCAUGAACUCUACACAAUUUUUAGGAGUAUCGGGAGUUGUUGCUUUUAGCUCGCAGGGUGAUCGUAUCGCACUCACACAAAUAGAACAAAUGAUAGAUGGUCAAUAUUACAAGUUAGGAUACUAUGACACACAGGCUGAUAAUUUGACAUGGUUUAACAAAGAAAAAUGGGAUGGAGAAAAGGUUCCUCAAGAUCGAACUAUCGUCAGGAGAGUUCUAAGGACUGUUUCUUUACCAUUGUUUAUCUGCAUGAGCACCAUAUCGAGCUUUGGAAUACUCGUCGCAAUAGCUCUUAUUAUAUUCAAUAUAUGGCAUAGACACCGAAGAGUUAUACAAUCAUCUCAUCCAGUAUGUAAUACAAUAAUGCUGUUUGGAGUAAUAAUAUGUCUUGUUUCCGUCAUAUUGCUGGGUAUUGAUGGCCAGUUUAUUACUGCCGAUAAUUAUCCAAAGGUUUGUCAAGCGAGGGCAUGGAUUCUUUCUACUGGUUUUACUUUGGCAUAUGGAGCAAUGUUUAGCAAAGUGUGGCGUGUACAUAGGUUUACAACGAAAACAAAAACAGAUCCUAAGAAAAAAGUAGAGCCAUGGAAGCUGUAUACUAUGGUGUCCGGACUUUUAAUGGUGGAUUUAGUAAUAUUACUCACAUGGCAAAUGCAGGAUCCUCUACAAAGAAGACUAGAAACGUUUCCUCUGGAGGACCCUCUUUCAUCUAAUGAUGACGUUAAAAUUCGACCUGAGCUAGAGCACUGUGAAAGUCACAACAAUUCUGUGUGGUUAGGCGUAAUUUAUGGCUUUAAAGGAUUGAUAUUAGUUUUUGGAUUAUUCUUGGCAUACGAAACAAGAUCUAUCAAAGUGAAGCAGAUAAAUGAUUCACGCUACGUGGGGAUGAGCAUUUACAACGUUGUAGUUUUAUGCCUAAUCACUGCUCCCGUUGCUAUGGUAAUAGCGUCGCAACAAGAUGCUUCAUUUGCAUUUGUAGCAUUGGCUGUCAUAUUCUGCUGCUUUUUAAGUAUGUUAUUGAUUUUUGUGCCAAAGGUGAUAGAGGUGUUACGACAUCCAAAAGAUAAGGUUGAAUCUAAAUUUAGCAAUGAUACUGGAAUUUCAAAGGAAGAUGAAGAACGAUAUCAAAAAUUGAUAUCUGAAAAUGACGAUCUUCAGAAAUUGAUCGCUCAAAAGGAAGAUAAAAUACGAUUGCUCAAACAGCGGCUAACGGAACGAGAAUCGAAGAAUUCUGCUCAACCAUUCAACGAAUCUAUAAAUGGCAACACUGUCGGUGGUGUACAAUUUAGUCAACCUUCUGGAACAGCUUCAGCUCUAAAGUAAAGUUCGAGUAGUGCAAUUUGGACCGUAAGAUAACGUUUUGUGUAAUGUAACAGCGAAAUGGAAUGCUCCAUUUGAAUUUGAGUGAAGCCUAUAUUUCCAAUCGAACCUAAACACUAAAUUUUAGCAAAUGAGACGUAUUUAUAGUGAAAUGGAAAUUCGUACGGUAUGUCAUACAUAUUUGAGAAUGAGAAACAAAAUAUUAAAACUUAUUUUCUUAUGCGUAGGAGUUACGAAAUGUAUCUGAAU